AUAUGCUGCACUAACCUUAAGUGGUUGUGUUUGUUCAGUUGAGGAAGAGCAAUAAAAAAAAAAAAAAAAAGGGGGAAAGAACCGUCUCAUGUCAAACAUGUGUAGAAGGAAGAAGGGUGUGUGUGGGCGUGCGUGUGUGUCUGUGUGCGCGCAGAUAGCUUCCUUGCUAUGGUGCGAGUACACAUUUUAGUAACUUCCUCAUAUGCUUGAUCAUUCUGAGAGACGCACAGAGGACGACACACACUCGGUCUCUCUCUCUCUGUCUGGCUUCUGAACCAAAUAGAGAACCCGCCUCCUCAUACACACACACUUCUUCCACAAACAGUGGAAACUAAGACAGUCUGAAGGCGGAUUCCCCUAUCGAGGCGAGAGAGGAGGACACCCCCCCUCUACACACAGAGAGAGAGAGAAAACACGUGGGCAACCAAAAGAGGAGUCACAGAAGACUUGCACACACCUGGGGACACAUGCAGACACGGAUAGACAUGGAGCGUGAGCAGAAUAACGUGAAGCGUUUCCUCAAGCUGGGUUACUCGCGCUCGGACAUCGUGCGAGUCCUGCAGACACUCGAGCAUGACGCGCAGACCAAUGACAUCCUCCAGGAGCUCAUCAAGACGUGUCGCACUAACGCCGCUGGAGCACCAGAGAGCAGCCCUCAGCUCAUCCCGCGAGGAUGUGGCUCCUCGCUGCAGCACAAACACCCCGACACCACACACUCAGACUCGCACAGCUCCAACCCCUUCAGGCCAGUCGUCAUAGACGGCAGCAACGUAGCUAUAAGCCACGGGAACAAGAAGGUGUUUUCGUGCCGGGGGAUCCAGCUGGCCGUGCAGUGGUUUUGGGACAGGGGGAUUCGUGACAUCACCGUGUUUGUGCCUCUGUGGAGGAAAGAACAGUCGAAACCCGAGGCUCUCAUCACAGACCAGUACAUACUGGAUGAGCUGGAGCGCAGGAACAUCCUGGUGUACACGCCCUCGCGAUGUGUCAACGGCAAGCGCGUGGUGUGUUACGAUGACCGCUACAUCGUCAAGCUGGCCUACAACUCCGACGGCAUCAUCGUGUCCAACGAUAACUACCGCGACUUACAGCUGGAGAAUCCCAAGUGGAAGAAGUUCAUCGAAGAGAGGCUGCUCAUGUACACGUUUGCCAAUGAUAUAUUCAUGCCACCUGAUGAUCCACUUGGAAGAAACGGGCCCACGAUUGAGAACUUCCUGAGAAAGAAGCCUUUAAUAUCCGAGACCAAGCUCCAACAAUGUCCUUAUGGAAAGAAGUGCACCUACGGUGUGAAAUGUAAAUUCUAUCACCCUGAACGCUCCAACCAACCGCAGCUUUCCGUGGCUGAUGAACUGAGAGCGAAAAGUCAGCCAUGCAGCAUAACCGAGGAGGAGCUUCCUCACUCCGCAGAUUAUCAGACUGUGGCCAUGCUGCCUUUGCUGCACCCGCACGAGCUGACUCGGGCUCUCUCCGGUCUCGAUCUCUACUCUUCCCCGCACGAAACGCAAACUCCCGCCUGCCUGAAGAGAUCCCUUCCUGCGAUGUGCAAGAGCAUUAAAAGUGACCAGGCCUACGGCUCGCUCGAGGGCUCCAUGUCCCGCCUUUAUCUCAGUGACUCCGCCCUUCAGACCUCACUCGCCUACAGCAGUGGGUGUAUGACCGGAAGCAGCAGCGAUUACUUCCUGUCUGGCGGGUCGAACACGCAGCAGAGGCGGGCGCGCAGUCCUGACGUGCCCUCGCGCUGCUACAGUCCCGACCACCACACGCUCUCAGGCUGCCAACACAGACACUCCGACAUCAGCCUCGGCUACACUCCCGCGCUUUAUCCGAAUCACAGAUAUCAACAGUGCGCCCCGUAUAAAAACAGUAACGCACCUUUUUGCAACGAGCCUCUACCUUAUCCUCAGUCGACACCUAAUCAACUCCGGGUACCAGACGUGAACUGGGGUCAAGGCCAAGCUGAGGUCAUGGACGGGGAGAAUUUGAUGGACAGGAGGAGGGAUGUGAGGUCUCAGCUCAGCACGAUUUUCCCUCAGAGCAUCGUGGACCAGGUUAUGAGCUUGUACCCACACACGCUGGAUACAACAGAGCUAGUCAUGCUGAUCCAGAAAUACAGGAACAGUGCCUUGCUUUAAAAAGUACACGCUGAUGAGCGCCGAAUGUAUCCGACGGCACUCUCGUUCUGGCUUGUCUCAUCCAUCAACGGUAAACUAUUGAACUGGUUUUGUAAGAUUUUUUUACCCAGAGGUUCCUGUACUGGGAAAGCAGUGCACGUCUGAGUGAAAAUCACGUCACAACAAAAUUUUUUUUUAAAAAAAGUAGGUUUUUUUGUAUUAAAAUACAAUCCCAAUGUAAAAAUUUCAGCUUGAAACAUGAAGUCUUAGCGCUAAGCAAGGACACAGUCUCACGUCCUGAUUAGAUAAAAAUCUAAAGCCACUGCUUGAAUACAAGGUUUUGUGCAACUUAUAGAAGUGACACGAUCCUAACUUCUGUUUUGUGCUGGCGCUGAGAAAUAAUUAAACCUUCUUCGUCCCACCUAAACGCAGCCCACCUCAACUUCAAAAUUACACCCACUCCUUCAGUGUUAUCACACAGACUUGGCUGAUAAGACGCCGAGGGACUUUCUAUCAUCUAUAUGCACGAACAAGGGGCUGAAAGUUAACCAGGCGGCCAUUUUGGACCACUGAAAGCACUUCCCCCACUCUCGGUGGAGUUUGGUACAUUCCAUCCCCUCAAGUUUAAACAUGCAACGUUGUACUGGAAAAGCUGUGCACCUCAUUGCACUUCAAGUUGGAAUCUGAACAGUAAUAAAUGUAGCUUCGUAACUAUUGUACACUUUUCUGGCUGCAAGCUUCAGAAUCUUGAAGGCUGAUGGGAAAGGCUCUGUGGUUUGUCAUGUACCAUGUCAGUAAAUUACCCCUUUCUGUGAAAGUAGGUGCUUCCUGGAUGAGGCAGUGUUACGGCGUUCGAUACGGUAGCAUCAGAGCUCCAGUGCAGAAUUAACGCAGCACAAAAAAAACUGUGUCAACUCUUUGUUCUUUGUAAAUGGACCUGCUGUUCUUUAUAGUAAAGACAGAAAUAUACAGCACUGUAUUGCGUUUGUGUGUGAACCUCUUGAUACUGUAAAAGGACAAGAUGAAUGUAUUUGCCGGGACGAUGCUCCCUCUUUAAAGCCACCCGGUUUGCUGUAAUUACUAUAAACGUAAAAGUUGCUUGUUGAACGUGAACAUGAAGGCUGAUCUUCUCUGAGAAUAAACGUCGUCUCACGACGAUGACAAGUUGAUGAGAACGUCGACCUGAAGAACCAGUGUAGCUUUGGUUUGGAUAGAAGGGCGUGUGUAAGUAAGCUGAAAGUGACUGAGACUUUUUUUUUUUUUUGCAGCCUCAAAUUGAGGCGCGUACAAAUAUUAGAUACUAGCUGAAAUGUGACGUAGCUAAAGUUAGCAAAACCCUUUCUCCUGUUUGUACUGCUUUAAAUUUGUGAUGACCUAAGAAUUAAAAUAAGUUAAACAAA